UUUAGCUUAAAGUACAACCAAUCAUUAAUAUAAUAAUAUUAUAAUAUCUAUCUUACAAAUUAUAAUGCUACGGAUACAAGUAUUAACAACACCUUUAAAUCAGUAUUUCCUUACUUUCAGGAUUAAAGAGAGAUUGAAUUAGUAUUUUAAAUAAUUUUGAGUUUUUGAUCCAACAUUCCAGCUCCUUAAAAUUUUGACGUAUCCAAUUUAAAUUAAAUGGUACAAAAUGUAAUGCAAUAUGUAUAAAUACCGAAUGCAAUACAUACCCGGCUUCUUAUCCUUCUCUUUUGUCUCUGUUUAUUUUGACCUGGUCUUUAGCCUAUAUCUCAGUAAAUAAAUCCCAAAUUCGAAAACUCUGAUUCUCCACCACCCCUUCUGUCUUCCUCUAUGAUAAAUUCAAGGUAUACGUUUUUGCUAUCUUCUAAUUCAUUUCCUUUUAUUACUUUUUUCUCUAUGUUCUGUGAUAUCAACCGUCAAGUACAUCACUACAAACGGGAAGCUUCACCAGCACCUUCGAUAAUCAAGAAAUGAUAAACUUUCACCACCAUCGCAUCAAAGUCGUCGCCUCUGAGAACCCUAACCCUAACCAACGUUCACAACCACCGCCACUCGGCUCAAACGCCAUGAUCGGUUGUUUGUUUAAUUUCCAGAUAUAACGGUGCUCACAUCUUCACCCAUGUCACUGCACGCCAGCAUAAUGGGCAGCAGUCAUCAUGACAUUCACCACCACUACUAAUCAUCUGAAUCUUAUCCUUCAUCUUCAUUUUCUCUCUAACCAAAUCCUAGAUUCAUGGCCUUCACAUCUCAUAUUCGUAUUUACCACCUUACAGGGUAUGCAAUUUAUGGAGAAUAUUUCCAUAGAGGAGGAAGUGGAAUCUGGAGUAAGAAAGCGACAUGAAUCAGAAAAAGAGGGUUUCAUAGGUUGA